GAGGACUCUAAUUGCGUAAGUCUGCUUCUCAUCAUCAUAUCUCAAUCUCCAGCCACCGCACGCCCGCAUCGCCCACUCCCCCACCAUCCAACCAGACCGAACACCUGUUCCAUGAUUAGGCCAAGAAAGGCAGGGGAGGAAGUGGGUAUUUUUUGUCCAGGCCCGUGCGUGGGCCCCACAGGGCAAAAGCCCAGGAGCAACGUGUGUUCAGUAGUAGUGGGAGCAGUAGCCAGCCUUGCCUCCCUGCCUCUUCUUCAAUCACACAUAGAUUUGAUCAAAGCCUAAUUCGUUUUUGCUUAUUACUUUUAUGGUUUCUCUCGCUAAUAUAAGAGAGAAAGCUGUAAUCUUGUACCCCAAAACGCUUGGUACAGCUCAAUAGCCAGCCUUUACACCUACUGGCUGUCCCCCCACCCUCUCCCCUCCCCGCUUUAACCAACAAAACGGGCCCUUUCCUCGCCAUACACCUCUUCCUCCUUCAAGAACACUCUUUCUGUGGAAAGGAGCCAUAGAUUUUGAGAUUCAGCUAUGGAUUAUUGGUCCUCUUCUGUCACCGUUGAUGAUGAAUUCGAGAAGCUUGUGCUCCGGAUGAAUCCCCCAAGGGUCACUGUUGAUAAUUUGUCAGACAAGAAAGCAACUCUCAUCAAGGUUGAUAGUGCAAACAAGAGGGGAAGCUUGUUGGAGGUGGCUCAAGUUCUAACUGAUUUAAACUACAUAAUUCGCCGUGCUUAUAUUUCUUCGGAUGGAGAAUGGUUUAUGGAUGUGUUUCAUGUUACUGAUCAGUAUGGGAAAAAGCUUACUGAAAAUAAUGUUGUGGAGCGCAUCCAGCAGUCGUUAGGACCAAGGAGUUAUAGCUUCCGGUCAUUGGCAAGAUCUGUUGGUGUUCAAUCUGCAGUUGAGCACACAACAAUUGAAUUGUCAGGAAGAGACCGACCGGGCUUGCUUUCAGAGAUAUUUGCUGUUCUUACUGAUAAUAAAUGCAACGUAGUAGCUGCUGAAGUGUGGACCCAUAAUUCAAGAAUGGCCUCCGUCGUACAUAUUACGGAUGAAGAAAACGGGUCAGCAAUAGAUGAUCAGGAUAAGUUAUCUAAAAUAAAGCAGCUCCUGUUAUAUGUUCUCAUGGGGGAUAGAGACAGGACGGGUGCUAAUAGUGCAGUGUCUGUUGGUUCCACACAUAAAGAGAGGAGGCUUCAUCAAUUAAUGUAUGCCGAUCGUGAUUACGACAAAGAAGACAAUGGCGAUGACGUGGGAAGAAAUGGGCGUGAACCGGUUGUGACUGUAGAGAAUUGUGUAGAGAGAGGUUACACCUUGGUGAAUUUGAGGUGUCCGGACCGGCCCAAGCUGUUGUUUGAUACAGUGUGCACACUAACUGAUAUGCAGUAUGUUGUGUAUCAUGGUACUAUCAUUGCUGAAGGGCCAGAGGCGUAUCAGGAAUACUACAUUAGGCAUACAGAUGGAUGUCCCAUUAGCUCAGAAGCAGAAAGACAACGAUUAAUCCAUUGUUUGGAGGCAGCUAUCAAGCGGCGAACUUCAUCGGGGAUACGACUGGAGCUGUGUAUGGAAGACCGGGUUGGACUCCUAUCGGACGUAACUCGUAUAUUCAGGGAAAACGGGCUAUCGGUUUCUCGAGCCGAGGUUACCACGCGGGGACUAAAAGCCGUGAAUUCUUUCUAUGUGACCGAUGCAUCGGGAGGCCCUGUUAAAAGUGAAACGAUUGAGGCCGUGAGGAAAGAAAUAGGCUCAACCGUUCUCCGCGUCAAGGAUGACGUGUAUGCCAACUCGCCACCUCGACAGCCAACUGGCAAAUUCUCUCUUGGGAAUCUGUUCAGGUCUAGGUCUGAGAAAUUUCUCUACAACUUGGGACUGAUAAAAUCAUGCUCCUCAGCUGUUUGUUAGGCUGUGUGUUUGUGUGUUUGUGUGCUCAUGAACUUGUUAGGUUUUUAGAGGAUUACUGUGUGUACAUUCCUUGCUCCCUCCCCUCAAUCUUGGGGCAUUGUAAAAUGUAAAUACAGAUUCAGUUCUUCUCUCCAGCAUAUGGAGCAUUUGCUUCUUACAAAGUUACAAACUGGGGGUAAUGGUCAAAAUGUCAAAUAAUGAAAUAAGCACUCCUAUUAUUGAAGCAAGAAUAAAUGGGCUCUUUCCCUUUGACAUUGUUCAAAAAGAAAAUUCAUCUCCAAGGAAAAAAGCAAGCUUCGUC